CUUGGGUUAGAAGGACGGACAAUUAGGGAUCAGGACAGAACGGCUUGUCUUGCAUUUCAUAUAUUUUUUUCCAGCAAUUCAUCGUAAGCAGCAGGUUCCAUAGAGGGCGGACUAUCCAAUCCCUCAGUAUGACGGCGCACUCCUUCACUGUACCAAUGAUCAUCUUCACAACCUUCUGGGGCCUAAUCGGCAUCGCAGCCCCUUGGUUCGUCCCGAAGGGUCCUAAUCGGGGGGUUAUCAUCACCAUGUUAGUAACAACUGCGGUGUGCUGCUACAUUUUCUGGCUGGUGGCUAUAUUAGCCCAGCUCAAUCCACUGUUUGGGCCCCAGCUGAAAAAUGACACCAUCUGGUAUGUGCGGUUCCUUUGGGAAUGAAGAGUCUGGAGCUGCAGAUCUGAGCCAGGUUUGUUGGUCUCCCUUAGAGUAUUAUGUUGAAGUCCUCCAGUUCCUGUAUAUGGGCCUGCUCACAAAUACAGCCCCUUAUUAGCCAAGAUGUAGAUGACAAUGAUACUUGUGACCCCUGUAAUCUCAGAGAUUGCCCUUUUUGGAUAUUUAUUUUGCCAGGUGGACUUUGUUCAUAAAUUCCCGACAUUACAGCACCCUAUGGAGAUUGAUACGUAUGUGCGUGUCUAUGAACUACAACUUGGAAUUGUCACAGGAAUAGUGUGAGCUUGUUCAUAUACACCAGCUCUAAACUUCACUUAACCCAGUAAUGGGGAACCAACGUGGUCAAUUUAAAAAACUGCAGUAGGACAAUGGGAGUUUAAAUUAAAUAAUUGGGCAUGUGUACGUUUUAUUUAUUGUGAAAUUGUGUAUUUAUGUGCUGUCAAAUAAAUUGUUUCCAAUGUAUUCAUUGCAAAUAUACACUUUAUUGUGAUUGUAA